CGGGAGGGAGCGCAGGGGCGCGGGGCACCGGGCGCGGGCGCGGGGCGCGGGUGCGAGCGCAGUGAAGGAACGAGCUGGGGCAUCAAGGAGACCCCGGGAACCCAAAGCCGCCGCCAACCAGGAAAGAAAGGGCAGUAGUGGGCCGCCGCCCGCGGGACAGCCCGGCGCGCUCGUGUGCGCCGGAAUCCCACCAGCCCAUCGCAGGAGGCCGCCGCCCGGGCAACGGGCAGCGGGCAGGCAGGCAUGCCGCCGCUCCUGGCGCCCCUGCUCUGCCUGGCGCUGCUGCCCGCGCUCGCCGCAAGAGGUCUGCGGUGCUCCCAGCCGGGUGGGACCUGCCUCAAUGGCGGGAGGUGCGAAGUGACCAACGGCACUGAGGCUUGUGUCUGUAGCGGGGCCUUUGUGGGACAACAAUGCCAGGACCCCAACCCGUGCCUCAGUACCCCCUGCAAGAAUGCUGGGACAUGCCACGUGGUGGACCACAGUGGCACAGUGGACUAUGCCUGCAGCUGCCCCCUGGGCUUCUCUGGGCCCCUUUGCCUGACACCCCUGGACAACGCCUGCCUGGCCAACCCCUGCCGCAACGGGGGCACCUGUGACCUGCUCACGCUCACAGAGUACAAGUGCCGCUGCCCUCCUGGCUGGUCAGGGAAGUCGUGCCAGCAGGCUGACCCAUGUGCCUCCAACCCCUGUGCCAACGGCGGCCAGUGCCUGCCCUUCGAGGCCUCGUACAUUUGUGGCUGCCCACCUGGCUUCCAUGGCCCCACCUGCAGGCAGGACGUCAAUGAGUGUAGCCAGAACCCUGGACUGUGCCGCCACGGAGGCACUUGCCACAACGAGGUUGGCUCCUACCGCUGUGCCUGCCGUGCCACCCACACCGGCCCCCACUGCGAGCUGCCCUAUGUGCCCUGCAGCCCCUCACCCUGCCAGAAUGGGGGCACCUGCCGCCCCACGGGGGACACCACCCACGAGUGUGCCUGCCUGCCAGGCUUUGCUGGCCAGAAUUGUGAGGAAAAUGUGGACGACUGUCCAGGAAACAAUUGCAAGAACGGGGGUGCCUGUGUGGAUGGCGUGAACACCUACAACUGUCGCUGCCCGCCAGAGUGGACAGGUCAGUACUGCACAGAGGAUGUGGAUGAGUGCCAGCUCAUGCCCAAUGCCUGCCAGAAUGGGGGAACCUGCCACAACACCCACGGGGGCUACAACUGUGUGUGCGUCAAUGGCUGGACUGGGGAGGAUUGCAGCGAGAACAUUGAUGACUGUGCCAGUGCCGCUUGCUUCCAUGGUGCUACCUGCCAUGACCGUGUGGCCUCCUUCUACUGCGAAUGUCCCCAUGGCCGCACAGGUCUGUUGUGCCACCUUAAUGACGCUUGCAUCAGUAACCCCUGCAAUGAGGGCUCCAACUGUGACACCAACCCUGUCAAUGGCAAGGCCAUCUGCACCUGCCCCUCGGGAUACACGGGGCCAGCCUGCAGCCAGGAUGUGGAUGAGUGCGCAUUGGGUGCCAACCCCUGUGAGCAUGCGGGCAAGUGCCUCAACACGCUGGGCUCCUUUGAGUGCCGGUGUCUGCAGGGCUAUGCUGGGCCUCGCUGUGAGAUUGAUGUCAACGAGUGCAUCUCGAACCCGUGCCAGAAUGAUGCCACUUGCCUGGACCAAAUCGGGGAGUUCCAGUGCAUCUGUAUGCCUGGUUAUGAGGGUGUGUACUGUGAGGUCAACACAGAUGAGUGUGCCAGCAGCCCCUGCCUGCAUGGUGGCCGCUGCCUGGACAAGAUCAAUGAGUUCCUGUGUGAAUGCCCUACGGGCUUCAGUGGGCAUCUGUGCCAGUAUGACGUGGAUGAGUGUGCCAGUACACCCUGUAAGAACGGCGCCAAGUGCCUGGAUGGGCCCAACACCUACACCUGCGUGUGCACGGAAGGUUACACAGGGACCCACUGUGAGGUGGACAUUGACGAGUGUGACCCUGACCCCUGUCAUUAUGGCUCCUGUAAGGACGGUGUUGCCACCUUCACCUGCCUCUGCCAGCCAGGCUACACAGGCCACCACUGUGAGACCAACAUCAAUGAGUGCCAUAGCCAGCCCUGCCGCCAUGGAGGCACCUGCCAGGACCGCGACAAUGCCUACCUCUGCUUCUGCCUCAAGGGGACCACAGGACCCAACUGUGAAAUUAACCUGGACGACUGUGCUAGUAACCCCUGCGAGGCGGGCACAUGUCUGGACAAGAUUGAUGGCUAUGAGUGUGCCUGUGAGCCAGGCUACACAGGGAGCAUGUGCAGUAUCAACAUUGAUGAGUGUGCUGGCAACCCCUGCCACAACGGGGGCACCUGUGAGGACGGCAUCGCUGGCUUCACCUGCCGCUGUCCCGAGGGCUACCAUGACCCCACGUGCCUGUCUGAGGUCAACGAAUGCAACAGCAACCCCUGCAUCCACGGGACCUGCCGAGACAGCCUCAACGGGUACAAGUGUGACUGUGACCCCGGGUGGAGUGGGACAAACUGUGACAUCAACAACAAUGAGUGUGAGUCGAACCCUUGUGUCAAUGGUGGCACCUGCAAAGACAUGACCAGCGGCUAUGUGUGCACCUGCCGGGGAGGCUUCAGUGGCCCCAACUGCCAGACCAACAUCAAUGAGUGUGCAUCCAACCCAUGCCUGAACCAGGGCACCUGCAUUGACGAUGUCGCUGGGUACAAGUGUAACUGCCCAUUGCCCUACACAGGGGCGACUUGUGAGGUGGUGCUGGCUCCGUGUGUCCCCAGCCCCUGCAAAAACAGUGGGGUAUGCAAGGAAUCUGAGGACUACGAGAGCUUUUCCUGCAUCUGCCCCACAGGCUGGCAGGGGCAGACCUGUGAGGUUGACAUCAACGAGUGUGUGAAGAACCCGUGCCGGAACGGCGCUUCCUGCCAGAACACCAAUGGGGGCUACCGCUGUCUCUGCCAGGCUGGUUACACAGGCCACAACUGCGAGAGUGACAUCGAUGACUGCCGGCCCAACCCAUGUCACAAUGGGGGCUCCUGCACGGAUGGCAUCAACAUGGCCUUCUGCGACUGCCUGCCCGGCUUCCAGGGUGCCUUCUGCGAAGAGGACAUCAACGAGUGUGCCAGCAACCCCUGUCGCCAUGGCGCCAACUGCACCGACUGUGUGAACAGCUACACCUGCACUUGCCCUGCGGGGUUCAACGGGAUCCACUGUGAGAACAACACUCCCGACUGCACCGAGAGCUCCUGCUUCAACGGGGGUACCUGUGUGGACGGCAUCAACUCCUUCACCUGCCUGUGUCCACCUGGCUUCACGGGCAGCUACUGCCAAUAUGAUGUCAAUGAGUGCGACUCAAGGCCCUGCCUGCACGGUGGCACCUGCCAGGACAGCUAUGGCACCUACAAGUGCACCUGUCCCCAGGGCUACACUGGCCUCAACUGCCAGAACCUCGUGCGCUGGUGUGACUCCUCCCCUUGCAAGAAUGGUGGCAAGUGCUGGCAGACUAAUACUCUGUACCGCUGCGAGUGCCACAGCGGCUGGACAGGCCUCUACUGUGACGUGCCCAGUGUGUCCUGCGAGGUGGCUGCACGGCGGCGAGGCAUUGACAUAGCUCACCUGUGCCAGCAUGGAGGGCUCUGUGUGGACACAAACAACACACAUCACUGCCGCUGCCAGGCUGGCUACACAGGCAGCUACUGUGAGGAUGAAGUGGAUGAGUGCUCACCCAGCCCCUGCCAAAAUGGGGCCACCUGCACCGACUAUCUGGGCGGCUACUCUUGCAAGUGCAUGGCAGGCUACCAUGGGACCAACUGCUCUGAGGAGAUCAACGAGUGCCUGUCCCACCCCUGCCAGAAUGGAGGCACCUGCAUCGAUCUCACAAACACCUACAAGUGCUCCUGCCCCCGGGGUACACAGGGUGUGCACUGCGAAAUCAAUGUGGACGACUGCAACCCCCCUCUUGACCCCACCUCCCGCAGCCCCAAGUGCUUCAACAAUGGCACCUGUAUGGACCAGGUGGGUGGCUACAGUUGCACCUGCCCGCCCGGCUUCGUAGGAGAGCGGUGCGAGGGUGACGUCAACGAGUGCCUGUCUAACCCCUGCGAUCCACGCGGUACCCAGAACUGUGUGCAACGCAUCAAUGACUUCCACUGCGAGUGCCGUGCCGGCCACACUGGGCGCCGCUGUGAGUCUGUCAUCAAUGGCUGUAAGGGCAAGCCAUGCAAGAACGGGGGCACCUGCGCCGUGGCCGCCAACACUGCCCGCGGAUUCAUCUGCAGGUGUCCUGCGGGCUUUGAAGGUGCCACGUGUGAGAACGAUGCCCGCACCUGUGGCAGCCUGCACUGCCUCAACGGUGGCACGUGCGUCUCGGGCCCUCGAAGCCCUACCUGUUUGUGCCAGGGUCCCUUCACGGGCCCUGAGUGCCAAUUCCCGGCCAGCAGUCCCUGCGUGGGUGGCAACCCCUGCUACAACCAAGGCACUUGUGAGCCCAUGUCCGAGAGCCCUUUCUACCGCUGCCUGUGCCCCGCCAAGUUCAAUGGACUCCUGUGUCACAUCCUGGACUACAGCUUCACGGGUGGCGCAGGGCGGGACAUUCCCCCACCACAGAUCGAGGAGGCCUGUGAGCUGCCCGAGUGCCAGGAGGACGCCGGCAACAAGGUCUGCAGCCUGCAGUGCAACAACCAUGCGUGCGGAUGGGACGGCGGUGACUGCUCCCUCAACUUCAACGACCCCUGGAAGAACUGUACACAGUCCCUGCAGUGCUGGAAGUACUUUAGCAAUGGCCACUGUGACAGCCAGUGCAACUCAGCUGGCUGUCUCUUCGACGGCUUUGACUGCCAGCGCACAGAAAGCCAGUGCAACCCCCUGUACGACCAGUACUGCAAAGACCACUUCAGUGACGGUCACUGCGACCAGGGCUGCAACAGUGCCGAGUGCGAGUGGGACGGGCUGGACUGUGCAGAGCACGUGCCCGAGCGGCUGGCGGCCGGCACGCUGGUGGUGGUGGUAUUACUUCCCCCCGAGCAGUUACGCAACAACUCCUUCCACUUCCUGCGCGAGCUCAGCCACGUGCUACACACCAACGUGGUCUUCAAGCGAGACGCGCAGGGCCAGCAGAUGAUCUUCCCCUACUAUGGGCGCGAGGAGGAGCUGCGAAAACAUCCCAUCAACAAACGCUCCACGGUGGGCUGGGCCGUGCCCGGCUCCCGGCUCAGCCAGGCCACGCCCGCACUGCUCCCUGGUGGCAGCGGUGGGCGCCAACGCAGGGAGCUGGACCCCAUGGACAUCCGUGGGUCCAUCGUCUACCUGGAGAUUGACAAUCGACAGUGCAUGCAGUCGUCCUCACAGUGCUUCCAGAGCGCCACCGAUGUGGCUGCGUUCCUGGGGGCGCUGGCCUCGCUUGGCAGCCUCAACAUCCCCUACAAGAUCGAGGCUGUGCAGAGUGAGACCGUGGAGCCACCGCCACCCUCGCAGCUGCACCUCAUGUAUGUGGCCGCAGCCGCCUUUGUGCUGCUGUUCUUCGUGGGCUGUGGGGUUCUGCUGUCCCGCAAGCGUCGGCGGCAGCAUGGCCAGCUCUGGUUCCCCGAGGGCUUCAAGGUGUCAGAGGCCAGCAAGAAGAAGCGGCGGGAGCCCCUCGGCGAGGACUCUGUGGGCCUCAAGCCUCUGAAGAAUGCCUCAGAUGGUGCCCUCAUGGAUGACAACCAGAACGAGUGGGGGGACGAAGACCUGGAGACCAAGAAGUUCCGGUUCGAGGAGCCAGUGGUUCUUCCUGACCUAGAUGAUCAGACAGACCACCGGCAGUGGACGCAGCAGCACCUGGACGCCGCCGACCUGCGCAUGUCUGCCAUGGCCCCCACGCCACCCCAGGGCGAAGUGGACGCCGACUGCAUGGAUGUCAAUGUCCGUGGGCCCGACGGCUUCACUCCCCUCAUGAUUGCCUCCUGCAGCGGCGGGGGCUUGGAGACAGGCAACAGCGAAGAGGAGGAGGACGCACCAGCGGUCAUCUCAGACUUCAUCUACCAGGGUGCCAGCCUGCACAACCAGACAGACCGCACUGGCGAGACCGCCUUGCACCUGGCUGCCCGCUACUCACGUUCCGAUGCUGCCAAGCGCCUGCUGGAGGCCAGUGCAGACGCCAAUAUCCAGGACAACAUGGGGCGCACCCCGCUGCACGCGGCUGUCUCUGCUGACGCACAGGGCGUCUUCCAGAUCCUGAUCCGGAACCGAGCCACAGACCUGGAUGCCCGCAUGCACGAUGGCACGACACCGCUGAUCCUGGCUGCCCGCCUGGCCGUGGAAGGGAUGUUAGAGGACCUAAUCAACUCGCAUGCUGAUGUCAAUGCCGUGGACGACCUGGGCAAGUCGGCCCUGCACUGGGCAGCUGCUGUGAACAACGUGGAUGCCGCCGUUGUGCUCCUGAAGAAUGGCGCGAACAAGGAUAUGCAGAACAACAAGGAAGAGACACCCCUGUUCCUGGCCGCCCGGGAGGGCAGCUACGAGACUGCCAAGGUGCUGCUGGACCACUUUGCCAACCGGGACAUCACAGACCACAUGGACCGCCUGCCACGUGACAUUGCACAGGAGCGCAUGCAUCAUGACAUCGUGAGGCUACUGGACGAGUACAACCUGGUGCGCAGCCCCCAGCUGCAUGGCGCCACCCUGGGUGGCACGCCCACCCUGUCACCUACACUCUGCUCGCCCAAUGGCUACCUGGGCAAUCUCAAGCCUGCUGCACAGGGUAAGAAGGCCCGAAAGCCCAGCACCAAAGGCCUGGCCUGUGGCAGCAAGGAAGCCAAGGACCUCAAGGCACGGAGAAAGAAGCCCCAGGAUGGCAAGGGCUGCUUGCUGGACAGCUCAAGCAUGCUGUCGCCUGUGGACUCCCUGGAGUCACCCCACGGUUACUUGUCAGAUGUGGCCUCGCCACCGCUUCUGCCUUCCCCGUUCCAACAGUCUCCAUCCAUGUCUCUCAACCACCUGCCUGGCAUGCCUGAUGCCCACUUGGGCCUUGGUCACCUGAACGUGGCAGCCAAGCCAGAGAUGGCAGCGCUGGGUGGGGGCAGCCGGAUGGCCUUUGAGCCUGGCCCCCCACGCCUCUCCCAUUUGCCCGUGGCCUCCAGCACCGGCACCGUCCUGGGCACCAGCAGCGGAGGGGCCGUGAAUUUCACUGUGGGUGCAGCCACGAGCUUGAAUGGCCAGUGUGAGUGGCUGACCCGGCUGCAGAAUGGCAUGGUGACAAGCCAGUACAACCCGCUGCGAGGGGGCGUGGCCCCCGGCUCCCUGAGCGCGCAGGCGCCCGCCCUCCAGCACGGCGUGAUGGCCCCGCUGCACGGGAGCCUCUCUGCCAACACGCUAUCUCAGAUGAUAAGCUAUCAAGGCCUGCCCAACACGCGGCUGGCCACCCAGCCCCACCUGGUGCAGACCCAGCAGGUACCACAGCAGAGCCUGCAGAUACAGCAGCAGAACCUGCCCCCUCCAAACAUCCCACAGACCCAGAACCUGCAGCCGCCAUCACAGGCGCACCUCGGAGUGACUGCAGCGGGCAACGGGCACCUGAGCCGGAGCUUCCUGGGCGGGGAGCCCAGCCAGGCAGAUGUGCAGCCGCUGGGUCCCAGCAGCCUGACCGUGCACACCAUCUUGCCCCCGGAGAGCCAGGCCCUGCCCACGUCACUGUCAUCCUCACUGGUCCCAUCCAUGACCACUGCCCAGUUCCUGACUCCACCCUCCCAGCACAGCUACUCCUCCUCGCCUGUGGACAACACCCCCAACCACCAACUGCAGGUGCCCGAGCAUCCCUUCCUCACCCCAUCGCCUGAGUCGCCUGACCAGUGGUCCAGCUCCUCCCCACAUUCCAACAUCUCCGAUUGGUCCGAGGGCGUCUCCAGCCCGCCCACCAGCAUGCAGUCGCAGAUCGCCCACAUUCCAGAGGCGUUCAAGUAAACAGCUGCCCGAGGGACCCUAGCUUCCGUUCCCAGGCCCUACAGGGUGGGCGUUUCCAGUGCUCCAGGAUGCAGGGGCGACCAAAGGAGCCUUUAAAAAAAGAAAUGUUUUUAUACAAAAUAAGAGGAGAAGGAUUUUGACUUUUUUUUUUAGUAUUUAUUUAUGUACUUUUAUUUUACACACUGCCUUUUUAUUUAUAUGUACUG